UUCAAUCUAGGCGUGUUUCCUGCUGCCAUUGACUAAAACCGAGAACUGGCAUCCUGCGGGAAAAAGCACAUCAAACAGCUUUACGUUUGCGUCCACUGAGGCUGCGAUUAUUUCUUAUAGUAGAAGGUUUUUUUUCCUUUUACAUGAAGCUUUUUGUCCAUGUCAAGCAGCACGGUCAUAGUCUAAAGCGGAGCAGCUCGCCUGUGUACGAUCGUUUAUGAUUUAUCGAGAUGAUAUGAAUGUCAACCGGUCAAGGUCCGCUCCACCAAUGCAACAGCCACUGGAUUCUCUGGCUUCUGGUGGGGAACAUCUGCCUCAAGCGUUUGGAUGAAUUUCUAAUAAUUUCCAGAGCCUGAGUGCGGACGGUGAAGGGAUUAAGAUUGUUUGUUUGAGCAGCGUGGGAGCCUCAGAGUGGGAAUGACAUGCUGCAGCAAGGACGGGAAACUGGAAAUAAUGUGGAUUAGAAAACACUGAUGAUGUGACUGCGACGCUUUUAAUGAGAAGAAAAUGCUUCAGAGUCGUCGCCCUGUGCAGAAAUCUUUGAUAUUACUGAGUUAAGUCGUCUGUGUUUUUUGCCGAUGGUCUGACUGGACAGUAUCUGUAAAGAAUAUACGAGCGUAAGAUCCUCCUCAGUUCCAUCUGCUCAUUGUCUAAAUCGUUUUACAGCAUAACACCUGACAUUUAACCCAAAGAAGGUCUGAAGACUGAUCUGAAAAGAGGAGGGCACCAUGUCGGCGGUGAUGAUAACGCGAAAGGUGCGAAAAUGGGAGAAGCUCCCGGGGAAAAACACUUUCUGCUGCGACGGACGGGUGAUGAUGGCCCGGCAGAAGGGAGUCUUCUACCUGACCCUGUUCCUCAUCAUCGGGACCUGCUCCCUCUUCUUCGCUUUCGAGUGUCCGUACCUGGCUGUGCAUCUGUCUCCAGCCAUCCCAGUCUUCGCUGUCCUGCUCUUCCUCUUCGUCAUGGCCAUGUUGCUGAGGACCAGCUUCAGUGACCCCGGGGUGCUGCCGCGGGCCCUCCCAGAGGAAGCCACUUUCAUCGAGAUGGAAAUCGAGGCUGCCAAUGGGAACGUCCCCGCAGGGCAGCGGCCUCCGCCUCGAAUCCGCAACGUUCAGAUCAACAACCAGAUCGUCAAGCUCAAGUACUGCUACACCUGCAAAAUCUUCCGACCGCCACGAGCAUCUCACUGCAGCAUCUGUGACAACUGCGUUGACCGUUUUGAUCACCACUGUCCAUGGGUGGGCAACUGUGUGGGCAAGAGGAACUACCGAUACUUCUACCUGUUCACCUUGUCCCUCUCCCUGCUCACCAUUUACAUCUUCACUUUUGACAUCGUCCACGUGGUCAUGCGUUCAGUGGAUAAUGGCUUUUUGAACACUUUGAAAGAAACUCCUGGAACUGUGCUGGAGGUGCUGGUGUGUUUCUUCACCCUGUGGUCAGUGGUGGGACUUACCGGCUUCCACACCUACCUGAUCUCCCUCAACCAGACCACUAAUGAGGACAUUAAAGGAUCCUGGUCUGGAAAGAACAGAGUCCAGAACCCAUACAGCCACAAGAACAUCGUCAAAAACUGCUGUGAGGUGCUCUGUGGGCCGACGUACCCAAGCGUCUUGGACAGAAGAGGACUGAUGCAGGAGGAUUCGCCUGUUUCUGCGGCGUCUGCUGCACCCUCCUCCUCCUCCUCCAACAGCAGCAGCAGCAACCCAGUACCACAAACCACGCAUGCUGUCCUCUGCCUACAGAAAACCACAGCCCCGCUCAUCCCCAACGAGCACACACCUGACGACGCCAAGCCGAGCAUUGCUGCCUCAGCAGAGAAGAGCCCCUCCCCCAGAGAGGAGCACCAUCCCCCUGCUCCCAAGGUCCCACCCCUGGCCUCACCCGAGACUGAUGCAGAGACAUCCAUUGCCAAGGACAAGACCCAUUAGCUGUAUGAGGGGGCGGCUCUAAUCGUAGCCACUCCCCUCCCCCCCCAAUCCACCCACACCUCCCUCUCCCCCCCUCAGCAUCCUGCCUGGUCAGGAACUGGAACAUUAAUAAUCAAUGUCUGAUUACUGUGCGGGUGACUCAGUUAUUCUCCGACUCUUGCCCUACAUUCAACCAGGAGAGCAGAGUUUCUGCUGCAGCUCCUCCUCUUCCCUAUUCCUCCUCCUCACCAGUAGCUGCAGAGGUGUUUGACUGACACUUACUCCUGCAGGAAGGGGAGUGAUUUAAUGGAAAGUCAGCAGCUUCCUCUGACUCCUGAACACUGCAUGGAAAAGACACGCAGGGAGAGAAGCUGUUGGGACAACUGCAGGAAAAAAAUUCUUCAAGCAUAUGACUUUCCCUGCAGUUCGCCUGUGGGUUGCUCUGAUUGUCAGUACUACUUCUUUUCAUUAUUUAAAGUUGCUUAAUGACAUUUAUUGUGAGAGGCCAGUUCAAAUAUACUCCUUGCAAGUGUCUGGCAAAGACAAUAUUACUUCUGGACAUGUAUAAAACUUCAUACCUUUUGUUGUGUGCACAUUACAUGCCCUAUGCAAACCAUGCGAAGGCUGGACAAAUGUUUUGUUUUUGAGUGUGGAUAAAAGGGUUUCACCUGUAAGUCUGUGAGUAUGAUGUCCAGGCAGGGGGAGGACAUGCAAAUCCUUAGCUGAGAUAUCCCUAAAGGCUCCUUCCAGGCAAGUCAGUAUCUACCUUUUAUUCUGAUAUUGCUGCAUUCAGUACUGUUGUUACUUACGUACAUCUCUUUUUUUAAUUUUUAAAGUGAUCUGAUCCAGACCAACGUCUGUCCUUCCAUUUUUAUAUAACUGAGGAUGUAGUUCGACGUUGACGCUCUUACAUAGGUGAAACUACGUUACGCACAGUUAGUCUUGUAUCCAGGAGAUGCUUAGUCCCAGACAGUGUGAGUGAGAAAAGGCCUGACUUCUGAUGAUCCUAGACACUCGUAGUGACAGUGCCUUAUCAUAACAGUUGCACUAUGAAAUGCAACUGAGGUCAAACAACAGACAAGCCCGUCAGAUCUGUUCUGAUUGUUAAAUGAGCAAUGGCAACGUUAAUACACAAAUUAGUCCAGUGGUUCCCAACCAGUGGGGUCACAAGAUAAAUCUAGAGAUGAUAAAAGGAAUAGUUAGACAUUUUGUGAAAUAUUCUUUAUUUGCUUUCUUGAUGAGAUUGAUGCGAGAUGGUUAGCGUAGCAUAAAGACCAGAAACAGAGGGAAACUGCUAGCCUGGCUCUGUCCAAAGGUAAAACACCAGCCUGACAGCAACUCUGAAACUCAUUAAUCAACACAUUAUAUUUAGUUUGUUUUAUGCUCAUACAACCUGACACAUAAUGUUUGUGGAUUUAGAACUGGAACUCUCUCCUUCCUGUUGUUUUUACACUUCAGUAUUUGCACCAAUUAAACACACUACAUACAAUGUGUUAACUGUGAGAUUUAGAGCUGCUGACACAUGCAGUUUACCUUUACACAAGCUAGCUGUUUCCACCUGUUUCCAGUCUUUAUGCCAAGAAAGAAGUUUAUUUCUCAAAAGUAAUGCUUUUAACAGAAAAUUCUGUUGUAUUACACUCAAAUUCGUGCUUAUUUUAAUGAAAUACCAUGACUGCUCCUCCAGAAAUGAUCAGAAAAUAAAAUCACUAUUUGGCUGAACUUGUCACAACUAGUAAAUAAAUGCAACUAUGACAAGUAGACAUUGCUGAGUUUUGGGGGGUAGAGGUUGGGAACCACUGAACUAGACUGUGUGGAGAAAAAAAAUAAGCAAAGCCAUGGUUGAAUUGUACAUAAUUUUAUUAAGUGUAGAUGUACUGUAAACCUCUCAGCUGAUGAGUGACGAUGACCAACAUCAGCAAGGUUUUGUUUUUUAACUUUUUCCAAGCGUAAGUGCGGCCAGUGUUAAUUAUUCUGCCUGUGAGCUUUAGCACCUCCUCCUGCAAAUCACAUCAGUGCUGAUCUUCCUCAGAGUCCUCUCUCUUCCUGCCGUCUUCUGCCUUCUCAUAUUUAACUCAUCCUCUCCUCCUUUUACUCACAUCUUUUGCUGUGACAGUUUUUCGUACAGUCAGCCCAAAGCUGGGGGGGUGAUUCCACUGCAGCCGUCUUUGGUGGGAUCAUUAUGGCAGAGAGUUGUUUUGGUCACAGAGAUUGCUCGAGGGGGACAGAAUCCACUCAAAGAAAAAUGAAAGAAAGUGAAGCAAAUUCUUAGUAUUUAAAUGACUUUAGAAAAUAGCGAGAGUUUGUCUUAGUGAUUGUGUUUUAUGCAAGACAGAGUUAGUGUUUGUGAAAUAUACCUGUGUAGAAAUUCUAGUGCGUCAAAAGCAUUCGUGUCAGACUCUGAAAUCUGCCUGAGAUCAUUUAUAAGAAGACACAGUCACAAUUCUUCGUUAAUCCCCUAAAAAGUUAACUCCAAAAAGUAAGUGGAAGCAUGGAUAAUAAUUUUAAGAAUGCUGAGAUUGUAUGAAUAUUUUUGUGGAGCAGUUUAAAGCUCAAGACUGAUAUUAGGCACUAAACAAUAGAAAAUGAAGGACUGUGAGUAACAAUGUUCUUUCAUUAUUGAUUCAUCUGAGGAUGAUUUUCAUGAUCAAAUGAGUGUUUGUGUGAAAAUGGUGAAAAGUAUAUGUUGUCUAACCAACAGUCCAAACCCCCAAAAUAUUCACUUUAUUAUGAGAAAAUCAUCAAUAUUCACAUUUGAAAAACUGGAACUAGCAAAUUUUGUUCACUUUUUCUUGAAAAAUGCCAAACAAAUAAUUGAUCAUUAGAAUUGUUGCUAAAAGCUUAAUCAAAUCGUUUCAGCCCUAGAUUAAUCCUCUAUCCCUGCUCAUUUUCUCUAUACUCAGAGGAGGAAAGAUGGAUAACUGACGCAUGUCCAGCGGACGAUGCUGUAAAGUGUGUGGCAGUAUUGUUUCUGUGAACUAAAGAAGUGUAAUUAAUGAAUAUUUGUUGGAAGGUAAUCUCCAAAAAUGUUCAGUUUUCAAUGAGAAGUACUAAACCAAGACCAGUUUUUUGUGGAAGGUAUUUGAAGACUUUGUAUCUGAUUGCUUUGUGUUUGCUGUCACCGAGAAGCAAGAAUGUAUGUGAUUGAUAUUUCGGUAGAAGAAGGGAUGUUUGUGUUGAAUUCCUGUUUUAAAGCAGAUUUUAAAGGGAUGGUUGAACUUUGAUUUUUAGCUCUGAGGGUUUUCAGACCGUUGAGCGACCGAGCUGAGCUGUUGUACGAGUGAUUUCUGUGUUAAAACGCCAUGACAUGAUCAGAUCUGAAUGCUCUGAUUAGUUUAUUACAUUGCAUUAUGUAAACAGAUACAGUACUAUAUCACUGAUGGAGCUCUUAUUUAUGUUCACUUUGUUUAGUAUCAACACUGUGACUAUAUGUAUUUCAUUCAAUUUACUUCACUUCUUUUUACAUGAUCAAUGUGUCUGGUAAAUAAACAAUAUUGUCUUAUUA